AUCCGAUCCAUUGAAGAAUCAAAAGAAAUACGUGCAACCAGAUUAGAAAACUAGGAGUGGGUCUUCUUCCACGGCUCUUGAAAGGCUCCAAUCCCCAAAUCCCAUGGCCCACGCAGUGACUCCGUAAGGGUGAGCCGACCGACUGCCGAAACCGGGGCACCGACGCGGCGGCGCCACCUGUGAGCGCGAGACCGCCGUCCGACGACUGCAUUUUGCGGUUCGCCAAUUCGCUUGACUCUAGUUCUCUCAAUAGUCUCAUUCUCUUGCUUUCUGCGACUUGCCGACUUCUGCACGUCUCUGGCUGAAUGCGUGCGAGUGUGUGACUUCAAGCAAUAGAGAUAUAAGGAUUCGAGCAUAAAUUUCUGAAUGGCAAAAAAGAGUCUUUUACAAGGACAAAGAGGAAUGGAUAGUGAAAAUUUGAAUUUAGGGAGUAGUAAAAGUCGAAUUGAUGAUAUCAGAUGGCUUUGCUCACUAAACGAGUCUGAACUUGAUUUCCUAAUUAGUUUGAAAGUGAUGAUUCUCAGAGGAGCAAAAAAAAUCGGUUCCCAAGCUAUAGGCAAAAAUUUUGAUUUAAAGUAUCUCCGCGCUCUCAGUUUUAUUUUGAUGAACAAACUUAAAGGACAUCUUGAAGUCAUGCCAGGUUCUAUCGGGCCGUUGUCCUCGUCUUUGGAUAAUUGUAAAUUGCUAAAGUUUGAUAUUGACCCUAGUUUCGAAGACUUGAGUAUUGAAGAGUUGGACACAUAUAUUUGCAGUGAAAAGAGAAACAGAGUAUUUUCCGUGUUGUUCGGAGACAUGCCUCCCAGCCAGAAGCCAAGAACAGAGAGCUAAGAGGUGAUAGUAUGAGAAACAUAAAAUGGAACUGACAAAACCACCAUAUAUAUCCAUAAGAAAGUCAUUCCUGUGAUAAUGUUUAUACUGAUAUGGCAUGUUCUCUAUUUCUGAUUUUGCCCGAUGAGAAUACGCCUGUUUGAUAAACCGCCUAUCAGCCUUUUUGGCUUUUUUGAUGGAUUGAUCAUGUCAAACAACUACUUUAGUGUUCUGUAAAUGGCUUUUGAAUUCGGUGUACUGUACAUCUAUUGCUGAAUGGAUGACUUAAGUGCUUUCCAAAGGAUUGGCACAUAACAGUUGGAGGCCAAUUUUCAAUUCAAACACAAAGUUCCUAAUUAUAAGUAUAUAGUAUCCGAAAUAGAAUUAUAGCCAUAUGAUCAUAUAUUAUCCUUUCCCAAGUAGUUAGCCAUAUGAACAUUGUAAAACAUUUAUGUGUUUCUUUCCCUUGUUGUUUUCUUUUCCUUUUUUAUUUCCUUUUGUUUUUCCCUGUUCUUGUUACUUUCAUUAAUAUUGAUCAUACACAUUACCGUUAUA